CUUUACCACAAUACGUUUCGUACAAGCAGCUAAGUUAAACGCUUUCUUAAACUUUGCAAAUGCUUAUUUACAUUUUGUUCCGAUCAGUAUUGGAAAAUUUUCAAUACGUACAUUGUAGACGGAUUACGGACUUAUAUAUGCACAAUCACCGAUAUUUGUGAUAAAGUAUUUUGGCAGUGGUGUAUGCGUUAUUACAAUAUAUGAAUGUCUAAAUAUGGAAACUAUUUCAAGUUUACUUUGACUUCAAAUAAACCUAUAUUUCAAUGAUAUCGUGUUAUCGUCGAGGAUAUUUACGAUAGUGAGUGAUUUAAAUAUAAGCGGGGCAUAAAAUAUACAAAGUGGAUUGUUUUAUUGAGGGUUGACAACUCGAAGGGAGAUGAGCUGAUAACAAAGCCACCGUCAAGUUUUGCAAAGAAUCUCAAUGUGCGCGGCUUCAUGGAGCUUCUUUCGACGCCGCCCACCGCGCUCCCGGUCGUCCGGGAGCAAACUCAGUUUGUGGUCAGAACAUUUCCAAGUGACCAGCUCGGACUUUCACCGGAGUUCUGCCGGAGCUCGCUGUAUUUGGCGAUCUGUGACAGAAAUACCCAACGGACGUUGCAGUGCAUUAAGAGAGGCAGUGACGUCAAUGUCACGUGCACCAAAACCGGAAAUACUUUACUACACGUGAUUAUGAUUGAAGCAUCGCCCAUGACUGAGACCAAAUAUGUUCCGUUUGUUUAUCAGCUGUCAAACGCUGACGUUAAGUUUGACGUCGCAAACUUAAACGGCGUGACGCCGAUCCAGUUGGCCAUAAAGCUACAUUUGUUAGAACUAAUGGUGGCGCUGAUUAAAUGUGGAGCCACGUGUGAAGUAGAAAGUCACCUUGACCUAAUAACUUCCUGCUCCGGCCCAGUUGAAUACGAGUUCCGCUCUGCGUACCGGAAGUUCGGCCCCGGAUACUGGGAGCCGGUGUUAGAGGACAAGGCAUUCAAAGUGAACGUUCUGGUUAAAUCCUGGAGCAGAAUCAACAUUCAGAGAGGCGGAAAGACUCUCAUAGAGUUCGCGAAAGAAAAGGGCGCGCAGGAGAAAAUUAUUAAACAGUUAAUGGACAACGAAGUUUCAAUAGAGUUCGCGCAUGCUACUAUCGCCGGCGACUAUGACAGAAUGAUGCACCUUAGUCAUUACACGGUUGACAUGGAAACCAAAGACUACUCGCAUAAAGAGAACUAUUUCCAGCCAUACUGUCCUCUAACGUUGUACGGGGCCGCCGUUAAGUACGGUCACAAGCACGUGCUUCCGUUGUUGAAAACCGGAAGUGUCGAUGUGACGGUACGGCGUCCCGGCGCUCAGGAUUCCGGAGAACCAGAACAUUCUUCUGCAGUUUGCACGAUAUUAUGACGUCAGGGCGUAGCUGAAAAUUGUAAAUUCAUUAUUAUUUAUAUAGUUGUAACGUGAAAUAAUCGUUGUGUUUAACAUAAAUUUCACGACAGUUACGAAACAUUUUAUACAUCAGUCACAUGCUUAUAUUAUACGUGAUGGCAAACGUUGUUUUUAUUAUUAAAAGUGCAUCAUACCUCAAGUUUACGGCCAUAUCUUUUAAAACUGAAAAAUGUUUAAUGAUAAAAAGCUUAUGUGCAUUUUUUUUAAAUUGCACUAUCUUUCGCAUUAUUUUUUUAUAACAGUUUUGUUCCUGUUUUUUUUACAAAAUGAAUAUCUGAUCAUUGCAAAAUGUCAUAUAUUAUGUCGUAAAAUUUGUUGUUUUGCAUAUUCAAAAUUAUUGACAAAACGAAAGAUUUAAGCAUAGUUAACAGAUUGGAUAUCGUUAUUUGAAGACAAUUGUUACGCACGAUAAAAAAAACAUCCGAUUAGAUAACUUAUUGACAUCGAGGAUAUUUGUAGGAUUUGGUAGAAUAUCGAUUUUAAUUCACGAGUGAAAUAUAUUUUCUAUGAUCACGAAUGAAUUAAAAUCAUUAUUUUCCCUAAUCCAAUAAUAUUGUAUUUUAUUUCAUGUUUACAAAUGAUUAUUCUUGUAUAUUUGCUGAAAUAAUGACGUCGCAAUGUCAUGAAAACGACUUCAUUUCACAUCAUAACAAUGAAAAUUAUCGAAAAUUUUCACGGUUCGAUGUUUUUUAUAUAGGUGAGGGCAUUUUUAUUAGCAAGGCAUGUCUUGAAUUGCGAACUUAUUUACGACUUUGUAUCGUCAACUCUAGCCAUGCUAGUAGUCUUGGAUAUGAACUAAAUGAACUGUUUAUUUAAAUAUUGCAGUUGUAUUAUUUUGUUUCAUUUAUUGAUAGAUCUUUGAUUAAGUAUACUGUUCUCCGUAUGGACUGAAGUGGUCUAUAAGUAAAAACCUAUCGCACUAGUUAAAAGCUCGAGAAGAUCAAACAACCAAAGGGCAUGAUUCUGUAGUUGAUAUCAGACAAAUAACAUCUUCUGAUUUGUAUGCAGUUAUAAGUAAUACGUAUGGCGAAAAGUAAACUUAGUUUUUUUCAAUUUAGAAUUUCUUUAAGUAAAAACUUUACUUUAAUUACAGCACAUAUACGUAAUUCUUUCUGAUAGAGAUUGAAUGUUUCGUGUUUGAAUCCAAUAUACAGGCUAAUUACAAAACUUUGUCAUUCUUCCAACAUCAAACAGUGUUUGUAUGGAGCAACGAGCAAUUCACAUAACUAACAGUGUUGUCAAAACAAUGUCAUGCUUUAAAUGGCAUAUCUGUGAUAUUUUAUAUUAUUUAUUUUAUUGAGUGUUAUAAUCACUACACAUUAUGUUGACAAUAAACAUGACAAUGUCCUAAACGCUUUUCUGUGUUCAUUUGUUUCAUGGAUGGUGUUAAAUUGUGAUCUAGAUUGUUAUUGUGUUCUGUCUGUCUGUUCGUAUCUAUCUUUGUUGAUCCAAUCCAUCAAUGGAUCCAUGGAUCC